UUGGUAGGCAAUUAUAUUUGCCUUACACAUUGAUCUCAAUGGCACGAUUGUGUAUUUUGCUAGGUCGCAGGCCAUCCUCAGUAAUGUGCAUUAUUGUUUUGUGCUUCCCUUCCCUUUCUAUAACUCAAUCUAUUGUUAUUGGAUAAUAUGGAUUAAGGAUUAAGAACUUGCUGCAUCACUAGUUUUUGCUAGUUUAUUGUUAUGUGAAUUCAGUUCGCAGGUAUUGUUGGAGUGUACCUAUGAGAAGCACGAGUUGCAUUAUUAGGCUUAUUUUGGAUAAUUUAUUCCAUAAAUUUGGAAGUCAUUUAGUGCUGGACGGGGCACACUUCAUGAUUUUAUUCAGUUGUGCUACUUAUUAGUUUAUCAUUUGACACGUACAUACAUAUGCAUCCGCAUUUGUGGAAUUAAUUAGUUUUAUUUCGUGGACUGACCUGCAGUAGCAUUGGAAAAAAAUUCCGAAUCAAAAUGAGAUUGCAACGACAAUUGUCAAUAUUAAUUCUGUUGAUUGUUAGCAUUUGUGGGGAAGAGACAACUACAAUUUUUCCCAAAUUCAACGAGAAUAUCACUGCCAAUAACUCCGACACAACUAUUAACGUUACCAAUCUCACCACUUUCACCGUCAAUGAAACUCUGAAUGCAGAGCAAAAUGAAACAGAAAUAAAGUACAAACCAACUCUUGUCGCUCCAACUGAACUCCCAGUCCCAGCCGUAACGACUUCCAAUUUCACGGAAACAAAUUUUACUCUCAACACUACAAAACCUGAUCAACGAAAGACCGAUGGGGAAAGAAGCAGACAAGACAAAGAAUCAGAAGAUUUAGACGACGACAACAAUGACGACUACCUUGAUGAAAAAUCUGAAGAAAUCGAGGAAGAGGAGGAGGAAAAUGAAGAAAAAUUCACGAGCAAACCUUCCGAAAUCUCAUUGGAACACAUUGACUUUGUUCAGCUACGUCUAAAGCACAUUGCUCGAAGUACUUCAAAUAAUCUCACAGAGCUAAAACUCCUCCAAGAAAAAGAAUUUGAGCUAAACAAAGAAUACAAAAAUGGCUGGGCCGCAGGAUUGCGACUUUUUAACGAGUCAAAGCGAUGGGAACUUUUCGAAAUUUUUAAAGGUAUGAAGAAUUCGAGCAUAUUACAUGUUCCGGAAGAAUAUCAUAUCGCCCUCGUCACUUACACCCUUUCCUCCCCGGCCAUGUAUGCCGACUUUAACAAAAAGACACGGGAAGUUUGUUCAGGAAAAGAUGUUGAAGAUUUUCACUACAAAAGUUACUUUAAACUCUUGCUCCUUGCAAUUCAAGCAUUAGGAAAAGAGACAAAGUUCAAAAGUGCAAACCGAUUUUUGUACCGUGGCGUGGGAUCAAUCUUCAAAUUGGAUGUUGGACAAAUUCUUGCUUUUCAACAUUUUGUUUCAACAUCAACCUCAUUAAAGGUAGCAGAAAAUUUUGCUGGAAAAACUCUGUUUGAGAUGGAAGGACCAUUUUACGGAACCACAAUGUCGAUCCGACACCAUUCUUACUUUGAUCAUGAGGAGGAAGUUAUUUUUUCCCCUUUGCAAGUUUACAAGGUGGACAGUAAGCACGAGGGGAAAUAUUAUACGCGUUACGUCCUAGUCGCAUACGAGUUUAGAUUGGACGGAGACGAGUGUGGAUUUGAACCCAUUUUUGAUAAGACCAUCACAAGUGACAAGACAAAAAUUCAAGUUAACAAUGCGACUGCGAGGUCAAAUAUAACUAAGAAUAACGAGUCCCAUUUUGUAACUGGGAACCAAGUUAAAGUUGACCGUUCCUCUGGAAGUAACUUAACGCCAUGCAUUGGUAGUUGGGGAGUACUCAUUUUAUUCAGAUUCUUGUUAAUGCAAAAUCCUUAGCUUGUCACCAUAUUAAAAAAAUAUACAACUAGUUUAGCAUACUUUCACCACUUAUAUGCACCACUUCUAUAUUUACAAAACAUGAUUGAUGAUCACUGAAAUUGUACGACAAAAGUCGGAGAUUUUACAUAAAAGAAAACAAAUUACUUAAACACUUGCCUGUUUUAUUUUUAUGCAUCAUUCACUAAUGACCAAAGAAUGUUUACUAAGUAUGUAUUAAUUCCAACGACAAUAGAUAAAAUGCUUACACCAAUUAUGUAUUUUUUAUUAAGGAUUACAAAAUUUCUGAAAUACAAAAUCUGAAAAACUUUACGCUA